UUAGACGCAGCAGUGACGCCCCGACCAGAGAAAAGCCUCGCCCAGUUUGUAUGUGUCCUUGUGAUUACAGUAACUCGGCUUGUUCAGAGGGGAAAUCGCCCAUCAAUACCCGAGACAUGUUGCUCGCAUUCCUUUUGCUUCCAUGCUUCCUCUGCGGGUCAUUUGCUGCACAACAUGAAGUGUGCUAUGGUGGAACUUUUCGCUUUCCCUAUAAUUAUUCACCACCUGGAUUCAGUGGGAAGCUUUACUUCUCCCCGAAGAAUGGUGAAGGCAAGAGGCUAGUGUUUGAAAAUGGCAAGGCAAUGGAUCCACGUUUCAAGGUUACCUUUGGAAGUCUUUCUCUGCAACACGUGACAGAAAAAGACAAUGGAUACUUCUCAGUUUCAUCUAGUAGCUUUUUUCUUGCUAGGAUCACAUUGAAAGUUUUAGAAUGUGCUGAUGCGGUGCAGCGGUAUUACCACACCCGGUAUCGUGUCAAUAUUCCCAGUGAUGUAGAAAUCCUGGAAUUCUCCACCUUUGACAACUCCGAUCUAGUAAUCCUGUGGAAUCGCACUCAGUCCAGUGGUGCAUCCAGGGGCCAGGUGAAGCAAAAUUACUGGGAAAUGUCAGACAUUACGCAAGCUGACAACGGCUACUACAACUUCCGCAAAAAAGACUACACUUUGGUGACAAGGAAAAAACUUACAGUCACAGAGUACACAAGUAACUAUCAGCCCAAGGAGGGCACACACUUCACCAUGCGAUUCCCUGUGAGCUUUAAACCGUGGGACAUCACCUUCAAACCGAGGAUGGGCGAGUCGGAUCCUAUAAGAGUGAUGCGCUCUGGACGUUUGACCAACGAUGACUAUUUUGAAGACUCACAUUUUGAGGACCGACUUGUCUUGGAGAGCCAGAACCUAGAAAUACUUUCUGUAAAAGUAGAAGAUUCUGGCAUCUAUGAGCUCCGGGACAACAACGGGUUCUUAGUGUUUGUGGCCAACGUGGCGGUAGAAGAAGUACAUACCCCUGCGUAUGUUUAUGUCAUCCUUUUUGCUGCCAUUGUUGCUGCCUUUGCUAUCUGCUGUUGCUGCAUAAAAAGAUGCUGUUGCAAAAAGAGUGCUUCCAAAACAAACGCUCCUCAAACAAGUCAAGCAGCAGCACCGGCACCUGCUGUUUAUUACCAUGGCACAAAUCAACCCACAGGACCAAGUUACUCAGCGGCACCACCCCCUGGAACUUACUCCUAUCAGCCUGUGAAUCCUGUUGUCCCAAGGGGACCUUCUUCUGCACCUGCACCCACCUCCGUCGGGCCACCUGCUUACAACAGUGUGGAUAUCCAUCCGGAUCCGAACCCGACACAGCAUGAGGCCGUUGUUUCCACUGGGCACAACGUGGCACCAGCUCCAUCCCUGGCAUUUGAUUGUUCCUCCUCGGACUCCGACCCAAAGUUCGAGCUCAAAGGGCUGCGCUUUUCCUCCAACCUUCCACUCACCUCUGACUCCACUUUUUCCAGUGUUUACACCUCCGAUAAACUCAACUUCUAAGGCGGUGCACAACCCCUGGGACCAGCUACACUACAGGUGCAAAUCACAAGGCGCAUGUUGGCUAUGAGACAAAGAAAAGCUCCUGUGUGCGUUGUGGAGGGGUGCCGGGGGGGGGGGGUCUAUCUUUCAAUAGGGAAACGUGCAGUGUCUUCAGUAUUGAUUUAUUUUGUGAUGCUUUUGUUGGCACGUAGUUUGUUGAAUGGAAACUUACAGAGUUCAUCAUAUACAGUGGUGUUGAACUGAAAAAAAUAAUUGUGGCGUAGCAUGAGUGGCCAAAAGUAGAAAAAUAGGCAAGUGCAUUUGACUCCAUUCGAUUAAUCGACCGUGGGUAACAUGAUCGAUUAUUGCUAUUUUCAUUGGAUCUGGGUAAAAUAACGCUGCCUUAAUUAAGUACAGUAUUUGUCUAGCGCGGAUGUAGCUCAACAUAGUCCGUCAAAUUUCGUUAUGGAGAGACAGCUAAAUUUCUCGAAAGCUUGACGAUACGAUUAACCACCAAUUGCACAAAAUUGAUACAAUUCUUAACAAUCAAUUAUAAUAUGCGUCUUCAUGAAAUGUUUUAGGGUGCCUGAAAAUCUAGCAAUUGCUUGCGUUUUGAAUGCCCUUGAAUUCAGUCAUAACUGCCAAUGAAAAAUUGUCGUAUGACAUCUCUGAUCUCCUUUUUCAUCUCUCACCACUUCAAACAAUAAGCCAUAUGCAGGAAUUGUUGUUACGAUUGUAUUGUCAAUGUUUUAUGUUAAGUGUUCCGUUGUAUUAUUGUUUUAUGCUAAAUGUUCUCUAAAGAGCUUUGUUGCAGCUGCAGCUGUUGUUAUAUAAGUAAAGAUGUAGUGCAUUGUAUAUGCCAACCACGCAUACUAGGCCAGGGAAAAUUAGGUGCUAGACAUGCGCAACAUUACUCUAAAGCAUGAUAUUGUCACUUAGACAUUCUGUUUACAAUUAACUGACUGCUCUGUAUUCAGUGUAAAAGUGAAAGGGAUAGAUAAUCAGCCCGUUAGCGCAAUCACCAUUGAACACAUGCAAA